CUUUGAAAGAAAAGAAAGACAGAAUAUGGCAGGAGCAGAAGUAAAGUUGCUUGGGUACUGGGCAAGUCCCUAUUCCCUCUCAGUCAAAUGGGCUCUGAAGCUGAAGGGUAUCCAGUACCAGUACCUGGAAGAAGAUAUCCAAAACAAGAGUCCUCUCCUGUUGAGAUAUAACCCUGUUUACAAGAAAGUUCCAGUCCUGGUUCACAACACUAAACCCUUGGCGGAAUCGCUCGUUAUUGUAGAGUACAUUGAUGAGGUAUGGCAGACAAUUCCUCUCUUCCCCAAGGAUCCCUAUGAAAGGGCUAAGGCACGGUUCUGGGCCAAAUUUGCUCACGAGAAGUGCAUACCGGCGAUGAUGAAUGCUUUUGUCAAGCAAGGGGAGGAGCAGGAAAAAGCUGCCGCAGAAGCUCGAGAGCAUCUGAAGACUCUAGAGAGCGGCCUGGAGGGGAAGAAAUUCUUUGGAGGUGAAACAAUUGGCUAUGUAGACAUUACAGCAGGUUGGAUUGCAAUCUGGGCACCCAUAACUGAAGAUAUUGCAGGUGUGAAUUUGGUUGAUGGGGAGACCAUGCCCCUGCUCAAAGCUUGGUUUAAGAAUGUUCUUGAAGUUCCUACCAUCAAAUCAUGCCUACCGCCUUUGGAUGACUUGCAUGAGUUCAUCAAAGCCUUGCACAAGACCCUUACUGCUGGAUCAGCCUGAGCCACUUGUGACUGCCUGCCUAUGUUGGGUUCCCUCUAUAUAUUACUUAUGAAUAAGCACCUCUGAGUCAUGUAGUCAUGAAUGACAGAGUUAGUAGCCAUUUGGAGAGUGAAAUACUUGACAUAUGAGCUUUGGGAAAAAAAAUUUAUUGUAAUUGCCAUGGCAUAUGAAUGUGCGGAAAAUAAUAGUACCUUGAAUUAUCAUUACCAAUCA